UGGAUACGCCCUUGUCGGGUACUUCAAAAAUUUUUUAAAAUUCUGCCUAAAUUUUUUUAAAGUUUUGACAAAAAUUUUUUCAAUUUUAUAGGAUCGCCGUAGACUACAUACUUUAGCUGAAAAACGCUCUUUCCUUGUCCGUAUGGUUAGUGAUCCAAAAUGUUACAAUCCAAAAAUUGUUCGUCAUUUAAAUAUGAGAGCACAUAAUCAAACAUCUGCAGAACUUUUUAGAGACAGAACAUUGAGACAAGCAAUUCAACAAGGAAGUUUUCAACAAAGAAGUAGUUUGGGUGCUGGCACAUCUCAUGGUGGAAGAAUUGGUGGGGCAGGAAAAGCACCUUUUAGCAGUGGAAAAUAUGCAUGUAUGAGUAUAGAUCAAGGAUCAGAUGAAGAUGAUUAUUCGUCUUUAUAUUUCCAAAAUGAUCAAAAUAUUGGAAUUUAA